AUGUCUCACGAAUCCGUCUGGAACUCGCGCCCCCGCAAGUACGGCAAGGGCUCCCGCUCAUGCCGGGUCUGCGCCCACAAGGCCGGUCUGAUCCGCAAGUACGGCCUCGAUAUCUGCCGUCAGUGCUUCCGCGAGAAGUCCACCGAUAUUGGCUUCGUCAAGUACCGUUAA